AUGAAUCAGAUUCUAGUAGCUCUUUCUUCCUCCUCUUCUACAUCAAGUGAUAGUUCUAGCUUAAGCAGUAGUUAUAGUCCAGGUUACAAUAGUUUCUUGUCGAAUUCACACAAUGUGAGCCAGGUAGCUGACACUCCACUUGCGGACUUUCAAGCAGUAAAGACUCCAGGUAUUCCAGUACCAGACGUUGAAGUUGCAGACACUCUAUUAGCAAACUUGCAAGGAUCAGGACCUGAAAUACCAGAUACUCAACAAGCAGACACACAACCAGCAAACACUCCUCCAGCAGACACCAAAAUUAUCAGUCCCAAAAACGUCUGA